AUGAUCAUCUGGGCAGAAAUCGCAAACUACGACGUAGGAAGAGUGCUGAUCGAUACCGGGAGCUCGGUGAACAUGACUUUUUCCGAAGCUUUCCGAGGGAUGGGAAUAAAGGACUGCCAGGUAAACCGGCAGUUGACACCUUUGUUGAGUUUCUCCGGAGAUUUGGUCCAACCGAUCGGUAGCGUGAAACUACCCAUCACCUUCGGCACCGCGCCAAGGAAAACGACUGUAUACGAUCAAUUCCUCAUCGUUGAUUGCCCGACGGCGUACAACGUCAUAGUUGGACGAACGGCACUCACCAUGGUCAAAGCGCAUCUUUCCCCCCACAUGCUACUGAUGAAGUUCCCAACCCCCUACGGCACGGGGGCUGUCCGGGGAAAUCAGUUAAGCGCUCGAACUUGCUACGCCACUACACUUAAGUCAACCACUGUCCAAGUACCCGACGAGACCAUGUCUGUACAGGGGAUACCGAACGGUACAGGACCCAUUGACGACCCCAGGGAUGAGUCCCCGACUCCACACACACAACCUGUCGAAGAACUGGAAACGAUAACCCUGAACGACGAGCAGCCCGAUCGUCGGGUUAAGAUCGGCACCAGACUCACCCCUAACCUCCGAGCGCAGUUCAUAGACUUCUUACGGCUUCAUUCGAAAGUAUUUGCUUGGUCUUACGAGGAUAUGCCCGGCAUAGAUCCUGAGGUCAUCAACCACAAACUCAGCAUCUCCCCCGCAUAUAAGCCUGUAAGACAGAAGCGCCGUUCGUAUGAUGCCGAACGAUACGAAGCAAUGCGCACAGAGGUUAACAAACUUCAAACCAUCGGCUUCAUCAGGGAAACUACGUAUCCGGUAUGGCUGGCAAACUCGGUGAUGGUCCGGAAGGGUACAGGCGGGUGGCGAAUGUGCCAAGACUAUACUGAUCUGAAUAAGGCCUUCCCGAAGGACAGCUUCCCGUUGCCACGGAUAGACCAGCUCGUGGACGCCACCGCAGGACACGAACUGCUGAGCUUCAUGGACGCCUAUUCGGGAUACAAUCAGAUAUUCAUGCACCCCCCCCGACAGCGAACACACCGCCUUCAUAACGGACAGGGGUUUGUACUGUUACAACGUCAUGCCGUUCGGCUUGAAGAACGCGGGAGCAACGUAUCAAAGGCUCGUCAACAGAAUCUUCGCCAAGUACAUCGGCAACAUCAUGGAGGUUUACGUUGA